UAGUAUGCUGUGGAGCUGCUCGGACUUGUGUUUGUGCCACGAGAAAUUCAUCAGUGUGUCUCGAGCAAUGCAGUUGAUACAUUUUUGUGGCGUUCUCCUCUUCAGAGAGUGUCCUGGACGAGUCCGAGGCGUCGGUCAGCACGCAGCUGACAACCUGGGGAGACCUCGCCAGCUCCGUGUGCCAGGACGACAGGCCAGGGCCCUCGUCCCUCCGACAGACCUCGGAACCCGGUGGCGUCGUGCUGGAGGGCUGGCAGAAGUUCUGGGAGCAGCCGCCUGAAUCCGCCCAAGCCCUUGGUAUAGCCCCCGCGAACAUCAAGUGGCUGAAGACCAACGAGACCUACGGGCUGUUCGAGAGGGCGUCCAGGUACAAGAACGUCAGGGGAGAGAUUUCCGAGAGGAAGCUCUUUAAGGAGAAGAUGGAGUUCCACCCGCCCCCACCUCCUAUGGCCGUCAAGGGAGCUGUGCCCAACAUGCUCUCCUUCUUCACCACCCCUGCCUUCUUCUGGCGCCCGGUCGGCGUGAUGAAGGCGUUGAUCCGCUGCCCCAACACCAACUGCCCCGCACCGCCAGGAGCGUACCUGGAGAAGAAAGGCUUCGGCAGCUACGCCAGGCAAGUGUGUGGCAUGAAGUUCAACUACACCCUGUUGACAGAGAAGCUUACAUGCCCACAUUGUCGAAAGAUGAGGCAGACCGUGAGCCAGGCGCACGGUGAUGCGGACGACAGUGAAGAUGAGGGGGCAGACACACACAGUGCCCAACAGUACACGUGGCUGGCACACAGUCCCAAGAUUCUGAUGAACCUCGCCCCGGCCAUCAGAAGCAUGUUCCCUGCCAUACUGUGUGGGAAGCGUGCUGUGGACAGAGGUGUGGUCACCCUGCUCAGUGACCGACUCAACGCUGUCUCAAUGAGCAAGGUGCAGAGGCUGCUGCAGCAGGGCCACGACGAGUGGUACGUGGAGCGGCGUGACCUGUACCAGACUCUGCUGUACGAUGCCCACACAGCUGGAUCUGCUUCAUCUCAGGGGGGCAUCCUGUCCUAUGUGAGAGCAGCUGGCACUUACACCCCUCCCAUUGCCCAGUCUCCCCUUCCGUCUGCUCGUCUCCUGAGGCGUGCUCACCUGAUCAUGGAGAUCGAAAAGAUGCCCGUCUACAGACACCAGAUCCUCAGUGUGACUGGAGAAAUCCUGUGCAUUGAUGGUACAAGAAAAGUCCUCAAGAAGAUAUAUGGUGAUGGCCAGGGUACCAUGCAGUACGUCACCAGUGUACUGAACGAGUGGGGCCAGUUCUUGACGACAGUGGUGGUGGCAGCUGAGUCAGAGGGGUGCUACGCGCGCAUGGCGAAAGGUCUCAUUGCCCGGUUUCGACGUGCCAAUGCUCCUGCACCAAAAGUAAUUUAUGCAGACAACAACUGCUGUCGUGACAGCGGUUCCUCCUUUCUGGAGAGUCUGUUUGCUGAUUGGGUGCAGCAGGGUGCUGUGGUCAGACUGGACAUCCGACACUGGCUACAUCGCUGGGAUGCUGUUGUGAUCAAACAGAGCCAUGCCAAGUACGGGUUGUUCAUGAGUGCCUUGGCGGGUGCGGUGCUCGCCUACAACAAGACGGACAUGAUGCUCCUAGUCCAGGCUGUCAGGAGUGGCAACGGAGAGCUGUACGGCAGGUAUUCCGACGAGGAGAUGGUAGCCUUCCUCAAGCCUCACCAGGUCAGAUCGUAUGUGAGGCGCAUCACCCGUGGGGUUGUGGAGUCUGCUUUGGUGAUUGAGGCCAUCAUUGCCGAGUUCAGGGGACCAGCAGGCCUGGACAUUGAUGGAAUCCCCCUGUUCAAGUCAACAGAGGCAGUUGAUGCUCACUGGGCAACUGCAAGCAAGCAUCUCGGCUGCAUGCAGGAUCCCCCUGGCAUACAGCUGUAUGUGUCUGUGAAGGUUGUGGUGCUGAAUGGUGUUCGGCUCAACAAGUACAGGUGCCGGAGAGGCAGUAACUCUUUGGAGGGGUUGCACGCACACCUUUACAAUGCCAUACCUUCACAGAGAUGUGGGAUUAUGCCGUUCCAAGCAUACCUGAUGGCCUUUGCUGUGCAGUGGAACAACCGCAUGGCAUCACUCCGGUUUGCUGGCGGUCAGGGUCGGCAGACGUCAUGCAUGGACGCGCGGCAGAUCCAGCGCAUCAAUCAGCAGGCUGAGCUUCUGUUCGGCAAGGAGCACGUCCUGGAGCCCAACUUUGCUGCUCCACUGCCCGUCCCUGAUGCGUACGAGCACCCAGACGAGGAGGAGCUCCUUGGCGUGGAGUAUGCCGUGUGCCAGUCUACCAGCUUCACUGCUAAAAAUUUCUAUGUGCAGAAAGUUGAGGAAGAGCAGUCUCGUGAGGAGGAGGAGGAGGAGGAGGAGUCUGAGAAGUCGGCUGAGACAGAUGAAGAUGAAGAGAUGGCAGAUGAGGGUCUUGGCAUGUCUGCAGAGUCAGAGGAGGAUCCUAUUGAUAGCUUCUGUAGGAACCAUGCCAUCCUCACCAAGGCAGAACAGGUGGAGGAGGAGGACAGCCCCGCUCUGCAAGAUGUGCUCAUGACCCAGGGACAUCUGCAUCUGCCAGGAAUAGAAGAAGUGGAGGCACUGGCCUUGCUGCUCCUAGAACUGGUAGACGACAGUGACCGCCACCUAGUGCCAGCUGACCUGAGGCAGAAGAUCAUCACCGCCGCCAGCUCUCUUCACGAGCACGACAAGACCGCCGCCAGAUUUGUUAAAAAAUAUGAGUCCAGGUGGGGCUACACCCUGUUUGGCCGGUGUCUUGGGGCUGACACCCACGAGACCAGAGCAGCUCAGAAAACAAAGUUUGGCUGGAUGAGGUUCCCUCAGGCGGCACAGGUGACAGAGGACAGCCGUCUGCUCUACCUCCUCAUCAAGAUGCUCAAAAACCGACCGCCGUGCAGUCAACUCUCCUCCCCCAGUAAAGUCGUGGCUUCUAUUAAGGGGCAGUAUAAAAGGAUUGCAGACCGACUAAGAGACGAUGCCAUCCUGUGCGGCCUCGCCAUUCCUCUGCCCAAUGUGAAUGCGAAAUCCAUCUCCACCUUUAUUGUGAGGGAGGAGAAAAAGGCCAACUACAGAGCAACAGUAAUGCCCAGAGUGACACCACACAAGAAAGUGUUGUCAGACACACCGCUUCCAGAAGCUCCUGUGCUGCCAACAUCCUUGCCUCCACCAGAUCGGCCUGAAGUGCAGUACCAGCACCUUCAUCACCUGGCUGGGAAAAGGCAGGGUGAGAAGCGGAGGUUAGCUUUUGAAGAGCCAGAACCGGCCCCUGUGAACCGACCCAUUCCGCCAAACCCCGCGAACCGGCCCAUUCAGCCAAAGCCUGCUGCGUCUGCCCAUAUUCCACCCGCUGUGUCGGCAGCGGCACCUCUACUCCUGGUUCUUCCUGCACAGCCACAAGCUCCCUCCAUCAAACUUCUGGGGCCAUCAGGCAGUCAGGGCUUUGUACCUGUGGCACAGCCCCCUGCACCAACCACCAAGCAACUCAUGCCCAACAAGUCCUUGCGGCCAUGUGGGGCUUGCCAAGUGCCUCAGUGUGGUGGGCAGCGGAAAAGGCAUUUUAUAGAGGAGGUAUUUAGAGUGAAGGGGGGAGACAAAGGGGAAAACAUGCGGGAAAACGCUCAGAGCCGGGUUCGAACCCGCGCUCGAACCCAGCUUGCGAAAGAGCUCCGAGCCGGGUUCGAACCCGGGCUGCCCGCUUGCAAAAGAGCUCCGAGCCGGGUUCGAGUCCGGGACGCCGCAAGUAUGUAA